AUGAUGAAUUUAUUUGGAAAAUAUCGAUACGCAAAACAAAGUACAGAUGAAACAUCAGAACACGAAGAUCAAGAACCAAAAUAUAAUAAAAAUGAAGAGACAAUAGAGUUGAUCGAGAGACCAACAGCAACAUCAACAACAAUAACACAAACAUCACCAACAAUAGUAUCUCAUGAUCAACAAUGGGUAACAUUGAGUGCACUUGUUGAUGAUGAGGAUCAUUCAGCCAACCAAACUUAUCAUCAGUAUGGUGAUGGUACUGAUGCUGUGGCAGAGAGUAUGACUCAUCAUGUAAAACAACAGCUCUAUCUUUUACUUGAAGCACCGUCAAGUAGUCGUGCUGCAUUCUGGAUCAAUGUGGUUGUCUCAAUGUUGAUUGUAUUGAGUGCAGUAAUGACAACCAUGGAAACUAUUCCAGCCUUUCGGUCUGAAGACAGCAAUCGAUUAUGGCAAGUUUCUAUUUAUUACUUUAUAUUAGAAGGAAUGCAAAAUAAAAGAAAUAGUGAAAUAAAAUUGUUGGAUUUGUUUCAACUUGAAGUUGCCAUGGUGUCACUAUUCACAUUGGAGUAUUUACUUCGUGUGUUUGCGCACUCGGACUCACUCGGCAUGAUUAAGCAUUUUUUUCUGUCUCCAUUAUCAAUCAUUGACUUUAUCUCAAUUGUUCCUUUUUACAUUGAAUUGCUUGCAAAGAGAGACACGACAUAUGAAUUUAGAUUUACAAUUUUGCGAUUAUUUCGAUUGCUGCGUCUAUUCAAGACUUAUCAAUACUCAAACACGAUCGCGAUGACAAUUGAAGUGCUUGUUCUGGCCAUGCGUAGAUCGAGUGACGCAUUGAGUGCAUUGUUCUUUUUCCUGGUGACAUCAGUAGUCCUGUUCUCUACAUUAUUGUAUUUUGCAGAACGUGGUGUAUGGGAUAGUACAGUGGAAACAUUUGUAAACCCGGGUGGAAACCCAAGUUCAUUUGACAGUAUCCCGGCUGCAUUUUGGUUUGUUCUAGUGACAAUUACGACCACAGGUUAUGGUGACAUGGUACCUGCGACAUUUAUCGGUAAACUGGUGACAUUUCCUGCCAUGAUGUUUGGAGUAUUGCUUAUUGCUUUACCUUCAAUCAUUGUGGGACGAAAUUUUACGACUGUUUGGGAAAUUAUGAGACGCCAUGAGCAGCCCAAUCACUCAGAACCCGACCGAGGUCCGUACUGGCCACAUAAUAGAGAUGCUCUUGCAAAUGCUCGACAGGAAGCUGUAGAUGCGCUACCGGGUAGGACGAGUUUUGAAGAGACCAAAGAGGCUCUAGCCCAACUCGAAAGAUUAACCGGGAUCGCGCGUCAACACCAAGAGGCACUGCAUCACAUCAUGGCAUUGAUCCAGACCCAAGACACCACCCAGCCCUUGAAUCGCGACAAGGCCGGAUCAAUAUACUCCACAAUCAGCAUCUUUGAUCCGGUUGGUAGAAAGAAAGAAAAGGCUAAAUACACAAGUACACAAGUACACAAAUUAUGUGCUAUGAUUAAAGUACAAGGACCUCUCCUGUAA